AUGUCCCCCACACUCACAGUCCCCGCCUCAACCCCGCAAAAUCCCAGAUCACCAGACGCAACCGCGAACGCGAACGCAAACACAGACACAACACUCACGGGGACAUGCCCCUGCGGCUCAAUCUCAAUUACAGUCCAGGCGUCCGACCCCUCACUACGAAACGACCAAGACAACAGCAAGAAUGCCAACGCGCUCACCAUCGACGCCGACAAAACCGCGAUCCAGGACCGACGAAGUACGCUGAAGAUGUACUUUGACCUGGAGAUGAUGAGCGGGCGGCAGAUCGAGAAGUUCUUUUGUUCGAGCUGUGGGUCACCCGUCAUGUCCAUGACGGCGCUCCUGCCCGGCCGCGUGAAUCUCACAAUGGGGUUGGCGCCGCGGGUUCCUGAGUCGGGGUUUGAGAACAGACAGACUGCGCUUCGGCCUCCUGCUCUUCCGAGGCAUUCGCAGUCUGGGAAAGGGAAGCUUGAUGAUGCUGUUCAAUGGAGCACCAAGGCGAAUGCGGGGGUGGCAUAG